UUAAAAAAAUGACAGUUCAAAUGAAAAAUGUUUAGAAGUUCGUCUUUGUGUUUGUACCAAAACUGAAAUUCUAAGAUUGUUUUUAAUUCAUUGCAUCUGUUUUGUGUGAUUUUGUGACUUGUGUUUGGUUUAAUUAUAAUGACUGUGAACAUUAGGUGACUAAAUAUUUAUAGUGACAACAGACUUCAGCAACGCAUUCCGUGAAAUUCUGAUUGUUUUUAUUAAAACAGGAUCACUUGACUUCUGGGAAUCUCGUAAAGAGUUGUAAGUCGGACCCGAUGAGACCGGCCGAGGCUGAGCGCAGUAGUCCCCGGAUGUCGUGAGCUCUGCCCCCGGGAGCGCACCGUCGCCGUGAUGAGCACAGCCCGCCAACAUGCGUCGGCGGCCAUUUUGAAUCGGCAACGGACACGUUUGACGGCGCGCGAUGGCCGUCGGCGGCGCCCGAGCGUUCAGCCCACCAGCGCAACCACGCGAUUCCACCCCGCUGCUACACUAUGAGAUGUGGAAGCACGGCAAGUGGCGACAAAAAUCCCCACCAAGGACAAACGCAGCUGUCAGAGUUCCCAGAUAGAGAUUGUACAGUGAGACGUUUGGUGACGUUUUGUUUAGUUGGCCUAAGUGUUACUGUGUCGUGUAAAUAUAGUGGUGUGUAGAUGUUAGAGAUGGCUGACGGUAGAGGGUCGCGCGCGCCGCUGCUGGAGUGCGGCGAGUACGCGCACAAGUCGCCCACGCCGCGCUGCUGCCUGUGGCUGGCCAGCCAUGUCAACGUGAGGAAGUGCGUCGCCGGCGUCAUGCUGCUGUCCGUCCUCACCAUAUUCUUCUAUACGUAUUAUGUCACCAUGCCGCUGACGAGUUUAGUAUGGCGCGACCGGGUGCCGCGGCCGCUGUCGCAGUGCUCGCUGCUGGCGUCGCAGCAGCAGACGGCGCGCGACCACCGCUCGGACGCGCGACUGCGCAUCGACGCCAAGGUGCUGGUCAUCGCCGAGUCGCUGUACUCGCGGCUGGGGCGCGACAUCGCCGAGCUGCUUGUCGCCAACCGGAUACGGUACAAGGUAGAAGUCGCGGGCAAAAGUCUGCCAGUACUUACCACCUUGGACAAGGGACGCUACGGUGUGAUCGUGUUCGAGUCGCUAUCGAAAUACGCUAACAUGGACAAGUGGAAUCGAGAACUACUAGACAAAUACUGUCUAGAAUAUUCAGUAGGGGUUGUCGGCUUCGCAACGCCGGGCGAGGAGAGCCUUGUUGGCGCUCAACUGAAAGGAUUCCCACUCUUCAUGCAUACCAAUCUACGGCUUAAGGACGCAGCAUUGAACCCCGCGUCGCCUGUGCUGCGGCUGGCGCGUGCGGGGGAGACGGCCUGGGGCCCGCUGCCCGGCGAGCACUGGACCGUGUUCAGGGCGAACUCUUCAACGUACGAGCCGAUUGCCUGGGCGUUAAGGCAGACAGAUUAUGGAGUCAACGAGGAAAGGCUGCCGUUGGCGACCGUAGUACAAGACCACGGUCGUUUGGACGGCGUCCAACGAGUGCUGUUCGGCUCCGGGCUCCAGUUCUGGUUGCAUCGACUGCUGUUUCUGGACGCGUUAAGCUACCUCAGCCACGGCCAGUUGAGCCUGAGCCUCGACCGCUGGAUACUGGUCGACAUUGAUGACAUCUUUGUCGGGGAACGAGGCACCCGGCUGCAUGAGGAAGAUGUUUCAGCACUGAUGGCAUCGCAGGCGGCCUUACAGCGACUCGUGCCAGGGUUCCGGUUCAACCUGGGCUUCAGUGCUAAGUACUACCACCACGGCACGUCCCUGGAGAACAGGGGCGAUGACGCGCUGUUGAAACAUCGGGAACAUUUUAAUUGGUUUUGCCACAUGUGGAACCACCAGCAGCCUCACCUGUACAGCAACGUGUCGCAACUGGAGGCGGAGAUGAUGCUCAACAAACAGUUCGCGCUCGAGCACGGCAUCCCCACCAACUCGUGCUACUCCGUGUCCCCGCACCACUCCGGCGUGUACCCCGUGCACGAGCCGCUGUACGAGGCGUGGAGGAAAGUGUGGGACGUCAAAGUGACCAGCACGGAGGAAUAUCCGCAUUUACGUCCAGCGAGGUUACGGCGUGGUUUCCGUCACCGAGGCGUCAUGGUGCUGCCUCGUCAGACGUGCGGCCUGUUCACGCACACGCUGCUGUUGGAGCGGUACCCGGGCGGGCGGCAGCGCCUCGACCGCUCCAUCCAGGGCGGCGAGUUGUUCCAAACGCUUAUAAACAAUCCGAUCAACGUGUUCAUGACGCACAUGUCCAACUACGGCAACGACCGCCUGGCGCUGUACACGUUCGAGUCCGUCGUGAAGUUCCUCCGCUGCUGGACCAACGUGCGGCUCGCGUCCGCGCCGCCGCUCGCGCUCGCCGACAAGUACUUCCAACUGCGGCCCGACGAGCUGAACCCACUGUGGGGUAAUCCGUGCGACGAUAUACGCCAUAGAAAGAUAUGGUCAAAGGGCAAAUCGUGCGACACUCUGGACUCUCUACCAAAGGUCCUGGUGAUAGGGCCGCAGAAGACUGGCAGCACCGCCCUUUACACCUUCCUGGCGAUGCAUCCCAACUUGGUGCCGAACCUGCCCAGCGCGACCACUUACGAGGAGUUGCAGUUCUUCAACAAUAACAACUAUCUAAAAGGGUUGGAUUGGUAUUUGAGCUUCUUCCCGGUGAAGCAGAGUAACAGUUCGCAGUUGACAUUCGAGAAGUCGGCGACUUAUUUCGACGGCGAUUUGGUGCCGCGCCGCGCGCACGCCCUCCUGCCUAAUGCGAAGAUCAUCGCCAUUCUCAUCUCACCCUCCAAAAGAGCUUACUCGUGGUACCAACACAUAAGGUCUCACGGUGACCCAGUCGCAAACAACUACACCUUCCACACCGUCAUCACGGCCAACGACUCUGCGCCGAAACCUCUGCGGGACCUCAGGAACCGCUGCCUGUACCCGGGCAAGUACAGCCACUACCUGGAGCGCUGGCUGGGCGAGUACAGCGCGCACCAGCUGCACGUGCUGGACGGCUCGCUGCUGCGCGCCGAGCCCGCCGCCGCCAUGAACGCGCUGCAGAAGUUCCUCAAGAUACCGCACCUCGACUACCAGAAGCUUCUCAAAUAUGACCCAAAGAAAGGUUUCUUCUGCCAAGCAGUGAGCAAUGAGAAAACGAAAUGCCUCGGCAAAUCCAAAGGGCGGAUAUACCCGCCCAUGGAGGAGCGAUCGGCCAAGUUCCUGCGGCGGUACUAUACGCCGCACAACACGGCGCUGUCCAAGUUACUGGUGAGGCUCGGCCGGCCGGUGCCGCAGUGGUUGAAGGACGAACUGUCCAACGGAUAGCAUUUCUUUCAACCUAAAAGGUUGGAAAUGAACAGAAAAGUGCACGGACUGAUCAGAGUAUGCGUCGUCGCGUUAACCUGAAAGCCCAACGCCAUGGUCUAAGAGCCGGCGUUAGAAAUGUACACCCUCAUCUGGUAUUCAUUGGUGCUAUGAAAUAAAUGAUAAAUGGUGAUCACUGUGACACAUUGCAAAUAGGUUUACUAGUUAAAUUGCGGCCAAACACAUUUUUCACACAAAACCUAGGAAACCUUGAACUCGAUCAAAGGCAACCUAUAUAGUUAAAUUGAGCAUAAAAUGAGCUUUCAUUUGACAUAUUAGACGAGUAAAUAACUGAUGAGGGUUUUACAAUAUUACUUAUCUGUUUAUACCUGGCAAAACAGCUGCAAUGUGAAGGCAGGCAACCAUUUAUUUUUUAAUUCUUUUGGGUAUGUUCUAAUAACUAGUGUACGAUUUUUUGUUAUUAAUAUGACGGAAGAAGAUUAUAUAAAUUAAAAAAAAAAAAAUUAUUUAAUACAGUUCGGCCGCAAUUUAACUAGGCAAACUAUGUGUCAAUGUAAAUAUUUUGUAUCAUUUAUUUCUUAUCCCAAUUAAAUAACAGAUGAGGGUAAAUAUUUCUUAUGCCGGAUCUCAUACCACCAGAACAGUCCUAGUUAUGAACUACGGACUUAGUAAUACGUAAAAUGUUGUUUUUAAUGUGUUUUCAAUGUGAGAGUAUCAUUGUUGAGAGAUAUCUUUGUCUAUCGAAUCUUGUAAAAAUAAAAGUUUCAGAGAUUUUAAAUAAAAAUAUAUAUGUAUAUUAUUUAGUAACGAUAAUAAAAUAUUUGCGAGUUUCGAGAGAAUUCGCCAUUUUGUUUUCAUUUUAGUUCACAGUGUUUUCUUAUGUAUGGAAUUCAAUGUUGAGAAAGUACAUAUAAAUAUUGCUUGCCCGAUUUAUUUUUAGAAUAUAAUAUAUAAUUUUAUUAAGACACAAGGCUUCCGCUAUGUUGUUACAGUCUAUAAAUAAAAAUAUUGCAAACAUGAUUUAUUAACUAUUGAUAAAAAGCAAUGCAAAUACUAAUAAAGAAAUCGUAGUUACAUAUUUUUUUUCAUGUGUAAUACUUUUUAUCGAAAAUUUUAUUACAUCUAGUCCACAAUAAUUUAUAAGAUAUUUUUGUGUUUUAUUAAGUCAGUAAAAGUAUAGAUGUUUCAAGGCUUCAAUUCUUUAAAAACAAGAAACCUAAUCGUCACAGUCAUCAAUAGGUGUUUAAGUAAAUAUUAUUUUACCUGGUACCUACGAUUAAAUACAUUUUUCACUGCUCUUCUUAAAAACACUGUCAUAUUACCACUCCACAGCGGGGCUAAACAAGCAUUUCAGCCUCUAGGGGCUAAAGUAAUUUUGAUUUUUUAUUGUUUGUCUGUUACGAGCCUACGAUAAAACGAAAAAGUUUAAUUCGUAAAUAGUCUAAUCGUACUAAAAUAAUGACCUCUAUAAAACGAAGGAGGUUUUAUUCGUAAAUAGAAUCAUCAUAGGUGGGUACGAGUACAUAAUAUUAUAUACUUAUGGCCCUGAUUGUUUGUAAAAAUUUGAAAUUGGAACGAAAUGCAGUGUUCCUGUCAGUGAAAUGCGUAUUUUUUUUUAUUUGAUUUUUAUUUAGUUGCGAGCUGCGUCUGAAAAAUUAUUUUAACAUUGAAUACUGUACUGAAUUAUUUUCGAUCCUAUCGUAGUGAAAAGUAUAGUGUAACACGCGGGGCUAAACCCAUUAUAAACUCAGUUUCUAUUUAACGACCCUCGCCUCACGGCUCGUGCCCUAAAAAUACCUCGUAUAUGAUGGGUCCCUUGUAUACAAACAAUCCACUAUUUAUUCGUUCGUCUAUUAAUGAACGCAAGAUGUAUUUUACUUUACAGUGCGAUUUCACGCCAUUUGCUUCAUAGACACACAACCAAAAUUUGUGUUGCGCUCGUGCCAGCUAAAAAUAAUUUACAUAUCAAACUAUCCCAUCGAGAGGUAAUAAUAAUAUAUCACUGAUACGAAAUGGCAAUAUUUUAUUUGUGAGACUGCAGGGUAUCGGUUUAGGUGCUAUUUGUUAUUACGUUAAGUGUCGCACCGUUUGUGACAAUAGUUUAGUUCGAUAAAGUUAUUAUGUUCCGUUAUACGUGAGUGGUUUGCUUCGCUAAAACUUACGGCACUGAGAUUCACAAGUGAUGGUCAGUCCAUUAAUAGAUGAGAUGAGCUCAAACAACUAAAUAUGUUCAAUUUAACCGAAAUAAAUUUAGCCUCUAACAAAGGGUUCUUGAUGUCAGCCGUCGAUUGAGGGGAAAGGAUUUAGAUUUAUCAUUUGAAUUUAUCUAAUCCAAGAACCGUAAUGGUAUAGUGAUCUAUUUCGGGACACCUCAGAGUAGUUUUGCUAAGACUAUCGAAUAGCACGCUGCGGUAAGGCGAAGUGAAUCUGCGUUGCUAUGCGCUGGUUGGUGCCGAUAUGCGUCGGUUUGCGACGGUAUGCGCCGAUUUGCCAAGCUGUGCCUCUUCACGUUAUAUUUUGAUUAAUAAUAAACGGCACAAAAAAUAUAUUACCUACAUCGAAGACGUUUCGAAUCGACACUACAUAUUUAAACAAAGUAGUGCAAAAGGCAUCGAUCUCCUAUUAAAAAGUGGAUGCACAAUCAGCGACCAAAAAACGUCCCCACUCAAUUGGUGCCAAACACAACUUCUUGGCACUCAAUUCAAGUAGUCUCAUUUGCAAAUUCAACUUUACACUCAAUCCUUAAGAUUGAAUUUGCUCUGUAUCUAGUAUUUUAUUGUAUAAUGGACUAUAUUUAAAGGCCUGUCAAAGGAAAAUUGACCAGUUUGUAAGUGAAAUUUUCUACAUGAUUGUGCGUCCUUUUGUUAUAAGAGGUCAAUGGCAAAAGGUCAAAAUGGACAUAUAUAGUGCUUUAUUUGGCUGAGUUACGAUCAGUUUGUUAGAUCGGGUAUGACUCGUCUAUAUAUUUUUUAAUUGCUUAGAUUUAUCUACCUCCUCACGCUCGCUACAGUGAUUAGAAUCUCUUAAGUCGCAAAUAUUACUUUUGCGACCCUAAGCGUACUGUUCAAUGUCUUACAAUAUCAAUAUUAAAUACUUCAAUUCAAGCAAUCGUUCGCAGUCUUGAAGGCUUCGCUUUUAUCGGAGUAAAGAAUAACCCACUUUCAAGUUUCAAUUUAAUGAAAAAGCUUGUGCACAUUGAACAUUGAACCAAUUCGAUUAUAAUUUAUGUUCCCGGGGAAUUCGGCCGCGUGUAAUUUUUUCUAUCACUCGAGAACAAUAUUGGUUUUUUUUUAUAUAUGAAAGGUUUCCUUUUUUUGUACUUCUGACAAUGCAAUCAAAUGCUUGGCAAUAUUAUAUGGUGAUCGUUUGACGACUAGUAAGGUUUGCAAGCGUAACAAUAAGACAACAUUAAAAAUUUCAAAAUUUGUUUAUUUCAAGUAGGCUUAGUUUACCAGCACUUUGGAACUUCAACUUUGACCAUUUGUAGUGAUAAGCACCGUUUUGGGAGGCAGGUAUAGCUAAGAAGAGCCGGCAAUAAACAAUAUAACAGUAUUGCCGGUGUCUUUAAUAUAUAAGCUCUAAGCAAAUCUACUCGCUAGAAUGCUCGCCAGAACGCUCUCUAGAAUGCUCGCUAUAAUGUUCUCGUAGUUGUUCUGUGAUGUAACAUCGCAUGAAUGCUCAUUACAAGUGAAUCCUCAAGUCUCUCAGCACCUUAAGCCGCAGAUUUCUAUUCACAGAUCGCAUUCCGAUUGUGGCCAUACACUCGCGUAAAACGAAACAUAACAAUGUCUAGUGAACUCACACAGACGCGUCGAACGAGUACGUAACUGGAUUCGUCGAUCUUUCGAUCGUUCGAAUUUUUAUGAAAGAUCCCAUUUCUUAAUGUUUGAUGUUUGAAAUUUGAACGCGCAAAUAAAUACCUAGUAAUUAAUAAUAAUCAAUAAUAAUAAUAAUAAUAAUAAUAAUUUAUUUGCUGAAACUGUGGGUUACAAUGGUUCUUACACUAUAGAUAAAAAAAUCCAUCACAAUUUACUGAUAUAUCAGCGUGCAAAUAUUUACAGAAAUUUACAAUAAUUUAUUAUACCUACAAUUAUAAAACGUCAAUAUUUAUACAUUACAAAAUUUCAUGUCAUUCAUGUACUCGUCAACACUAUAAUAAUUCUUAUUAUUUAAAAUGGAGAAGAUUAUUCGCUUAAACUUUAUUAGGGGCAUAGUUUUAUAUGAUUCUGGAAGCUUAUUGUACAAAGAAACAGCCAUACAGAAGCAAUUAUUUGAGAGAAGAACCAGCCGUCUCGGUGGCACACAGAUUUUAUUUGGUUGCCUGCCCCACCAGUUUGGGCACAUUAGUUUUUUGGCAGGGAAUGAUAUUUUAUACUAGAGAUGGAGCACUAGUACAUCAAAACUGAGGCGGAAAAAUGUGGAAUAUUGACUUGAUUUCAUUUAGUCGCUUAAUAAACAACGAACGUUAUACAAAUAAUACAUAAAUAUCGUUUUAAUGUCGAGUUGUGUGUUCAGGAAGUGUAAUAACUGUAUAUACAUAAAUAUAUAAUGGAAUUAAAGACAAAAUUGUGCAUGUGUGCGCUCAGUGGUGAUUUUGUAGGGACGUAACCUAUCUAUAGUAUAAAAUUAUCAUUGAUAAUAUAUUUUUUUUUUUUUUUUAAUCUCAUUUGUUGUUGAAUUCCGGGUAUGCAUAGCAACAGUUGGCAAAGCUACUUAGUGUCUAAAUACAAUCUUUGUUUAAAUGACUAGCUGCCUUCAUUAAGGUUCAUUCAUACAACUGAAUGAAGGUCGCUACGUAGCGCUUAGGCAGAAACUAUACAAGCACAAGCACCUGGUAAUCCCCAGGUUAAAAUAAUUUACAUAAUUAAAAUUAUCUAUUUAUUUAUAUCCAUCUAAUUCAAGGCUCGCUCGGACACGCUUAAUUUAGUAUUUUUACAUUAAACGUACCUGAUACAAUUUUUACAUUUUAUAGCUAAUUUUAUAUUUAAUACCUACUGUAACUAGUUGAUUAUUAUACUCAAAAUUCUCUUAAUUUUCCCUCAGUGUCAUCGCUUACAUUUAUAAAAAUAAUACAGACAAAUAUGUAUAGAGAUAUAUUGUACACAACCAAAAAUCUUUGUAUCAUUCAAACUCAUCUCAUGUCAAACAGGCGCCGAUGACUCUAAUUUCCGAAACACGCCGAGUUAUGGUAGGCGUCCACAGAAACACAUCGUACUUAUCGGACGCAUCGCGUCGAAAGAAUUUUUAAUUUUACGGUAGAUAAAAUCCGUUCGAUGCGAUCCGUACGAUGCCGAUCAGUGGACGCACUUGUAUGACUUUGUAUACAAAGAAUAAGGACUCCGCGCCACUAAACAAAUCCCGUAGACGCGGCGCUAAUGUCUUAGGGGCUCUCAUUUGCAUUUAGUAAUGGCGGUCGUAUUGUCAUUUGUGUAAGGCGCUGUCAAUUUUAGUUUAGGUUUUAGCCGCGGGACUUAUUUCGUGGCGUGGAGUUUAAAAUACGUUUGAUGCGCUGUGCCCGAUGCGUACGACGCGGAUUUGUGGACGCCUGCCUUUAGUGAACAACCCCGCAGAAUCGAGAAAAUGCACGAGGUGUACUCUACAAAUUUUAUUCUCCAUAAGCAUUUUAUUUUAACCGUGCCUAUCUAUAUUUAAUUUUAAUUAAUAGCUUAAUUUAAUUACUGUCAAAUUAACUUAUUUAUUUUUAUUUAUGGGUCAAACAGUUCAUUUAGAUUGAUUAGGGAUUUUUUAGAGUUGAAAUACGUAGUUAAGGAGUCGAAUUAAAAAGUGGUACAAUCUUGCCCACUCCUUACCAGCUUUUCGGUAAUUGGGAAAUUAAGAAUUCAAAUUUUCGUUCAGUUUGGGUUAUAUUAACGUGACUUUUUUCAACUAUCAGAAAAUAUUUCUUACACGCAAAUGUAACAAAUAUUUUCUCAAUUAUUGCAACAUUGACCCUGAUUUAUCUAGAUGCCCCAAUAAUCUGACGGCAGCUAUAUUGAAUUUUGAUUUAUCAUUUUAGUAUAGUUUAUGUUAAUACGAUCAAGCCCCAUUUUAGCGAUCAAUGAAAUGUCCUAAUCAAUAAUGUAAGACGCAUUUUUUUUUUUAAGAUUUUUGUACUAGUUUAUAUAAUUUAUGCGCACGUAAUGCAUAUUUGGCCCACUAAGUUACCUUUUACUACGGACACUUAUAAUGAAGUAGAUGUCCGAACUGUAAUAUAUUCUACUACAAAUCAAUACUACCUAAUGCAAAUACAUCGGCAUUUUUUAUUUUUUUUUGUUUUGUAUACUGACUAACUAUCUAUUGCUUUCUGUAUUCGGGCUCACAUUUUGUAUAAAGGAGUGUAAUUGUGACGUCACAGUGUAAGCAUAAAAAUAUCUGGAAUAUAUUUUGAUACGCAUGAAUUUAUUGGCGAGGGGAUAUAUUACGGUCUGAAGUUUGUUAACAGAACUAUAUGAAGUAGACGUUGGUACUUAAAAUUUCUGAUAGUAGGGGAGCCCGGGAUGCUAAAUUUGCAGUUACUAAAGCGUCAUUGGAAUCAGAUUUGGUAGAUUAGAUGAUAGCAAGAAUAAAUGGUUAUAUACUUUUUUCGAUUUCAGCGGUGAGGAAAAAAAUUACAGACUUUGAAGGCAUUUGGAACCCUCGCAUUCCAUUACGUUACGCUCAAAUCGUCAGAUUUUCGAAAUGCACACCCUUUAGCUAUCAACUUACCUCCUUAAUCUGACGUGCUGGUUGAGUAUUUUUGAAGUUGUUUUUUUUUUGGUUGCCCUAAACAUCCCCACCAAUAUCAAGGGCGCAUAUUUGGUGGAGGUACUGAAGAACGUGCAAGGUAUACUCCCUUAUGUAAUAAGGGUUCAUCUGCCGCGCUCGAGUAACUGCAAAAAUCCCCUCUUCGGCUCCUCUACUAUGACUUGUAAAAAUGUUCAUUUAAAAUAAUAGACUAUGUAUAUUGUGAAAUAACGAAGUGAAUAAAUUGUAAAUUAUUAUUAAUGUUUUUUUUAUAAGUAUGUAUUAUAUUGAAUAUUAUAAAAUAUAUUCUUUCUGUUUUUUUAAAACAAAGCUUUAUAGAUUUAGAGUUUUAUGUCUACACUUCAGAGAUUUUUGAUGAAUUGUGAAGUGAUUGGUGUGUUACGUAGAAAAUGGCCUUAAAAUUUUCUAUAGGUAAGAUUCUGUUCCAUCUAGUUCAAGUGUAAAUGAUUAUAAAUGUUUCUGCAUUUUUUUUUUUUAAAUAUUAGGAUUUGUUUAUGAAUAAUGAAUCUAAGGAUCUGUUGUAUGAAGGAGAAUAUAUUUUCAUUAAAUUGUAUAGUUAUAUUCAUUUGUUAGAUGAUAUUAAUUAACUUUCAUAUUGUAACACGUGGAUCAAAAAUGUAAUUUUAAUUUCUUUUCAGGCUAUAUCUUACUUCGUUUUGUUACCGAAUAAACCUCAUCCGCUGAAAAAGCAUUAUACAUCUUUAUUAAAUGAUAAUUAUUAUGUUCAUUUGAAUAUAAGAGCUAAGUAUAUAAUUUUUCAAAUGACUGCUAUUAAAAUGUGUUCUUUAUGAAAAAUUAAUACAUCACUUAUUUUAUUAAAUGAUUUAAAAAGUAUAA